UUCCGCGACGUUUAGACCCGAUAUAUUGUUUGCCGGGGGCGUCGAGAACGCGCGUAACUGAUUGGAUGGAUGUUUUCCGCAAGGUUAGUAGCACGGAUCAGUCAGUGACUGAGUGUCGCGAAGUGUGCUUCUCGAAAUUCAGGCAUCGUCAUCAAUUUCACGAGCACUACAUGUGGCACGACCAACCACGUGGACCCCACACAGCGACUAUUCGAUGAACACAACGGAACAUCACGACGUCGAAAUUGUCGCGACGAGAGGAAACAUCGCCUAGGACCCGUGCUGACGAAUUGACGACUCGAGAGGUUAAUGGUAUGCUUUUGAUAUAUUUGACAAUCGUAUAUUAUUCUCGAAAACUGUCAGAGAAGAAUGGUCACAGCAUUGUGAGUCUACACAUUCGACCAGAGCCGCAGGGAAUAAAACAUGAUUCUUGCACCAAAAGGAGAAAAGAUUUGUAGUUGAGAGAAUUCCCUAGAGCAUAGCGAUAAUGUGUUUGCUUUGAACCAAGUAGGACUGCUGUGUAAGAAGAAGAUCGAAAGGAGAUUGAAUUGAGGGACACGACUACAGGUGUUACGGAGAAAGUAUGGCUGACACACAGCCAGACGAACAUUCACUUCUCUCCAAACAUGUGAUCUGCAGUAAGUUUCAAGAGACAUUCUCGAAACACUGGCACAGCUUCAGUGACUUGAAAACCACCGAUAUCGAGUUCAUGACGAAACCCUUCAGAAUCUGCAAAAUAUCAAACUUCGUAAGGGACGAGGACUUCCUGCAGAAAGUGAGGGAGGAGCUGUUAAAUAUGAAAUUUAAGCGCAAAGUCGUCGAUCUCUACCAGUUCAAGCAGACAGUCGAUCUGAGCAUCAUCGAAAGUGAGUACGUGAAUGAGCUACGUGACGUCUUUCGGGACGAUGUGGCGCUGUGGAUGAAGCGGAACACAGGCAUCACACUAAAUGAGAAGCUCUCGAUGUCAGGCUCUAUGUACUUCGACACGGAUCAUUUGUUGUGCCACGAUGAUAACUUGCAGGACAGAAGAAUAGCUUUCAUAUUGUACCUGAUGGACGAGUGGUCUGUCGAGGACGGAGGUGCUUUGGAUCUUUUCGACACGGACGAGAACGGUUGCCCGAGAGACGUGGUGAGAUCAAUAGUGCCGGAAUACAAUUCCUUCGUUUUCUUCGAAGUCGUAGAUAACUCCUACCAUCAAGUAGCCGAGAUUAUGGCUAAGAAAAAGAUAAGAUGGUCGAUUAACGGCUGGUUUCACGGUCCCAAGAGGAAUGCCCAUAGGCCGCCUAGGCCUAUACAGACUAUGGAUUUCAUUGAACCGAACGAAGAGACAGUAGACUUGGAUCUUUGGAUAUCGGAGAAUUAUCUGACUUCCACCAUCGCCCGGCAGAUUCAGGAAAUAGUCGAAGAUAAUUCCUACAUACUUCUUCAGGGCUUCUUGAAACAAGACCUGUACGAAGCGAUCUCUGCCGAUUUGACUUCGCAGGAUAUCCAAUGGCGAAUAGUCGGCCCUGCGGAUGAACGUCGCUACGAGGUGGCCGACGAGCAGACCUUGCCGUACCUCUUGAAAGAAUUCUACAAUAUAUUUAAGUCUAUCUCUUUCUUUAAACAGCUCAAGGACUACACGGAGCUCGAUUUGUCGCCCGACGACGAGUCAAUGAAGCCCAAGAUGACGAUAGAAUUGCAAAGAUGGUCGCAGGGCUGCUACACAUUGAUAGUUGAUAGAACGGAUUCUACGAACGCUAACGAGAACGAAUCAGCGGUGUCGUCGACCGACAAUGAAAUCGAUAAUACCAAGCGCGUCACAUUGAGAAGCCAGAAGAGGAAGUUGGGCACACAGUCUCCGAACGAAUCGAAGGUAGCCCGUCUGGAAUCCUCCGACGAUUCUUCGUAUUCUAUGGAGAGCGAGCCGAGUAGCAUGGACUCGGAUGACAGCGCUGAUAAGAAGGAGGGGGAAGAGAAAGAAGACGGGGAGGAGGUUGAAGGAGACAAGGAAAACUCCGAGGAGUCUGGUGAGCUUGACCUGAUAAUACAGUUUCAUACCAGCGACAAGAAAGAACUCAAGGAUGUGAUAGAUUAUGUGGAUCCCCUCGAGCCGAACGGCGAAUUGGUUCACGUCCCGAUGAAGGACAAUCACCUUUGCCUGGUCUACAAAUCACCGAGUAUCUGUCGUGUUCAUCAUUACGUCAAUCAUUACUGCAAAGGUUAUUUCUACAAUUUAAUAUGCACGUACCACCAGUAGUCGCAUGCCUGACAGAAAUAGACUGCCGAACUUCAGCGGUAUAUUGAUCGUGAUGGAGAUCAUAAGAAAUAACUCGUGACAUGAGAUGCAUCUCGGGAAUGUUUCGAAUUAAUGAUCUCACUAAUUUGUGUCGUUACAAUAAAUACGAUAAAUAUGCUUUGUCGUGUCAUAGAAAAUUAAUAUUUACUUUGCAAAUAAAUCGUAUGUAUACGUCGUGUAA